CUGUGCAUCGCCAAGCACAACAAUGGAAGUAGCGACUUCAACCGGAUCAAAGGAAAACGUUGUUACCACUUAUAUCCCGCUACAGGGACCACCUCUAAUGCUAUCUAAUAAUGAAAAAUCUCAGAACACAACACAGAUUCCAAUAAUGUAUCAGCAAGAUGAAAAUUCAAUAGAGAUGUUAAAUUCGAAAGAUGAAAAUCAGACAGAACAGGUUCAAGAAAUCGAACCACCCAAAGAGUUGUCUAUUUCUGCGGCGGAAAGUGUCGAAUUAGAAAAAUAUAAUAACGAGAAUGAGGAGGUAAAACUUCCUUUGCAAAUUAAGGAUGGUAAAGAAAGCACAGAAAUUAAAAAAAAUGAUGUUAAAGAAUUACGAUCAAAUCAAGUUUCACAUCCGAGAAUACUGAGGUCAGAUACAAAUGAUAAUAAUUUAACGAAUAAAGGUCGAAAAAGCAAAGAACAAAAUAAUUCUGCGAAACAAAAUAAAAGGAUUAAGAGAACAAGAUGUGUAACAUUGCAGAAGGAUAAAAAAGAUAAUGCUCGUACAUAUUCGAGAUUUUUACCAUUGGAAGAUAUAAAGACAAGAGACUUGAAGGAUGUAAGAUGUAACGAACAGGAUUACAUGCAGACUAUUUGCAUGCCUAUAAUCCCUCACGAAGUCGUUGAACAUCCACAUUGUACCAGAACUAUCAUGUCAUCGGUUUUUCAACGAAACAAUAGAAUUGAUCCAGCGUACAUGCCAGAAUGCGAAACUUACAUUGCUCAAACGGAGAAUCCAUAUAUUCAAGGUGAAGUUGAUACUCCAACUGAGCCGUCUACUACCCUCCCGAUUGCAGCUACGACAAAUACAGAUGUAUGCACGAUAUGUAAAAAGGAGAAGGUAAAUAGGAAUUCUUAUUUCUUUCAUAAAGAUUGUAAUCUCUUUUUUUUCUUAUUAUUAUUAUUGGUUAUCGUUUUCUCGUUUUUCUCUCUUUUUUUAUUCCCUGUUUCCACAAGUUAAUAUCUUUCAGUAUUAUAAUAUCUUCAAAGACAAUGAAAGAAGAGUUUACUGCAAUUUAUGUAUUUCUCCAUGCUCAAAUAACAUAUAUUUAUACACACACAUAUAUAUACAUAUAUAAUGAUAAAAAUUUAACUUUUUUAUGGCUUUGAUAAAUCAUUUUAUUUAGGUAUCGAUUAUUACGCAUCGAAAUGAAGAUAUUCCACAAGAGAGUUUUAACUCUGAAAAUUUUCCAUGUAUAAGCAGAGGAAUCGUUUCUGCAAGUUUCCAAAGUGUUUCCUUAAUUGUAAAAUAUUGAUGAAAUCAUUCGUAGAUAUAAAUUAAUUUUGUUUGCAGAAAUAUGAUAAAAAACUUACUUACUGUACGAAAUGUGCCCAAUUACAAUCUUAAACAGUUGCAACGUCUGUAAUUUUUCAUGAAUUGAAACGUAAGUAAUUUACUGAUUCGUGUUAUAAUUGAAACUUCGUAUUUAUUUGAUCCAAAUAUUUUCUAGAUUCUUUCGCAAAACGAUUAUUGUUAUUACGACGUUGAGAUGUUAUCGAUUGAAGUUAACAAAACGACAUUUAUAAUCUACUUUAGUGGAGUAGCUUAAACUAACAAUAAUCAUAGUACAUGUAAAUAUUACGAUAUACAUAAUAGUACAUUGAUAGAAAUAUUUAUUUGAACGUAACACUGUAACAUAAAAAGAAUUUCUCUGGACAAACAUACUUUUGUUGGGAUAAAAACAGUACGAAAUUAAAUCUUUUUUGUUUUA